CCCCAGAUGAGAAAACUGUAUAAAGUGCAGGAGGCUUGGACUAAAUCUAUACAACUGUUGUAUGCUGAUGCUUUCAGGACUUCUUCUGCAGCCAGAGUGCCACUUUUUUUCUUCUGCUUUAGAAUGAUUGCAUAUAUUCUAUAUACCGCUCUUGCCGGUUUGGCACUUUUGCCAUUAUUUCUUUACUUGAGAAACCCUUAUAUUUUUAAAGAUCUAAAUCAUGCAGUUGCUAGAAUAAAAAUGGGUUUACGCAUCAGCAAAUUCAAGAAGAACAAACCGUUUUACAGCCUUCUGGAUUGUUUUCUGGACCAAGUUGUGAGGCAGCCGCAUAAGAAGUUCCUACUUUUCGAGGAAAACUCCUACACUUACAGCCAAGCUGACAAAGAAAGCAACAAAGUGGCCAGAGCUCUGUCCACACAUGCACACCUAAAGGAGGGGGACACAGUGGCUCUCUUACUGGGUAACGAGCCUCACUUUGUGUUGGUCUGGCUCGCACUGACCAAGCUGGGAUGCAUAUCGUCUUUACUCAACUGCAACCUCAGAUCCAAAUCUUUGCUGCACUGCUUCUCCUGCUGUGAAGCCAAAGUCCUGGUCGCUGGUGCUGACUUGCGAGAGGCUGUAGAGGAGGUUUUGCCCUCCUUGAACCAGCAGGGCGUCCGUGUGUUUAUCCUCGGCGAGGGCUGUGAUGUGGAGGGUAUUGAAAGCCUCUCUGAUAAAAUUCAGCAGGCCUCGGACGAGCCUCUGUCACCUAAGAUGAGGGCCAAUGUUCACAUUAAGAGCCUUGCGCUGUACAUCUACACCUCAGGAACUACAGGCCUUCCCAAGGCAGCUCUGAUCAACCACCAGAGGCUAUGGUUGGUAUCUUUUCUUCAGCUUCUGAAUGGCGUACGCUCAGACGACGUCAUCUACAUGUACCUGCCUCUUUACCACACCUCUGGCUUUCUGCUUGGACUUUGUGGUGCCAUAGAAAGAGGCAUCACUGUUGUUUUAAGACGUAAAUUCUCAGCCUCCCAUUUCUGGAAUGACUGUAGAAAGUACAAUGUGACUGUAAUUCAGUACAUCGGAGAAAUUAUGCGAUACCUCUGCAACACACCAAAGAGAGAUAAUGACAGAGAUCAUAAAGUCCGAGUAGCAUUGGGGAGCGGGAUAAGGGCCGACACCUGGGCUGACUUCCUGCAGCGAUUUGGUGACAUUCGUAUCCGUGAAUGCUACGGAGCCACAGAAGGAAAUAUUGGCUUUGUCAACUAUGUUGGCAAAGUUGGAGCUAUUGGCAAAGAGAAUUUCCUCCACAAAAUGGCAUGUCCUUACGCCCUCAUAAGGUACGACACAGAGAAAGAGGAGCCAGUUAGAGACUCCAGAGGAUUUUGUAUUGAAGUCCCCAGAGGAGACACCGGUUUGUUGGUUGCAAAGAUCGGAGAAAGAAAUCCGUUCAACGGCUACGCCAAGAACACUCAGCAGACAGAGAAGAAGAAGGUGAGAGAUGUGUUUGUGAAGGGAGACCUCUACUUAAACAGUGGCGACCUUCUCAAGAUAGACGACGAGGGAUUUCUCUUCUUUCAAGACCGCAUUGGAGACACUUUCAGGUGGAAAGGAGAAAAUGUGGCAACCACAGAGGUGGCUGAUCAUCUGCUCAUGGUCGACUGCAUUGAGGAGGCUAAUGUCUAUGGUGUGAAGGUGCCAGGACACGAGGGGAGAAUUGGAAUGGCAGCACUGAAGCUCAAAGAAAACAUGGACUUUGACGGCAAAGCUACAUAUCAGCAUGUGAAGAACUACCUUCCCAGCUACGCAAGACCACGCUUCAUUCGCAUACAGGAUGCUCUGGUCAUCACUGGGACUUUUAAGCAGAUGAAGGUGAAGCUGGCAGAGGAGGGCUUCAACCCUGCGACCACGAUGGACCCUUUGUUCUACCUGGAGGACAACAAGGGCUACGUACCCAUGACGCAGGAGAUAUUCGACUCCAUCACAGAAGGAAGAAUCAGACUCUGAAUGAGUUCACUGUUUAUUAUUGGAUUUUCAGCCUCAAAAUAAUACAUUUGAUUUCUUUAGAAGCUGUUUGUGCAACAAGAUUAUGAACAGCAUUUCAUUAGCUACGAGUGGGUAAUUAUGUGCACUGACAUAAUUCAAGGAAUAACAUUUGGUUGGACACAUUGUAACUAAUUCUAAAUAAAAUAUUUAAAAAAAUAUUUAGCAAAUCAAGCUCAUAUCGUUGACAGAGUUAAUGAUCCUUAAUUCAGAACAGUUGGGAACUAACUUUUUUGGCUCAGUAGUACAUUUCUUAAUCAUUGAAAGCUGAAUCAGUGUGUGAAAAAAACGUUAUAAUGAUGAAAUAUAAAAAUUGAGGGUUGAAGGGUUAUUUUCUCUUAAAUGUGCUUUUGUUUUCCCUUUUAUAUUUGAAUGAAUCGUCUAUUAUUGGUACACAUUGUUAACAUAUUUUAAACCAAGAUAUGAAAACUGGGAUAUUUUACUGGACAACUUAAUAAAAACAUUUGUAUGAUAGAC